UUCCUCAAAGUGCAAUGACGUAGAUUGCGCGACGCCAUUACGUAACUUGGUAGAGCGGAAGCGCUAGUAGACGCUGUAUUUUCUUCUUCUUGAAUGGUGCUCUGUUUUGAAAGGUAUCAUCAUGUCAAAGCAGCCGUUGGGAAAAACGCUGCUGAGGAAUGUAAUCCGACACACGGAUGCCCACAACAAGAUCCAAGAGGAAAUUGAAAUGUGGAAAAUGCGAGACUGGGAGAUCCAAACAUCCCAACGAAAAGAUUUUUCAGAUGCAGAGUUUGUGAGAGGACAUAUGCACUGCGACCGAGUGUCAGAUCAACGUAGAGACUUUAACCGAAGCAGAGAGCGGGCCUCAGAACAUGAUGACAGAGAGGCUCGAUACUGGACUCGAAAACUGUAUGAAUUUGAGUCCAAUGAUCCUGACAGAUGGGGACAUAGUGGGUUCAAGGAGCUUUAUCCCGAGGAGUUUGAAAGUGAUGGUGAAGAAAACAGUGCCAAAAAGAAGAUGAGCCAUCACAAAAUGAAAAAGUCCAAGUCUGACACAGAGGCAUGCUUAUCAAAACGGUCCAAAAAAUCCUCACGGAAGAAGAAGAAAAAAAAGAAGAAAGGUGAGGACGGAAAGCGUAAGAAAGUGGACAGUUCGAGCAGUGACUACAGCAGCGAUGACAGCGGUGCUACAAAAGACAAGCAGAAGAGAAAAAGGACUAAAAGUCGACAUAAAAACAAGAAAGCUUCAAAAGCCAGAGGAAAAGACGUAGACAUCAGCACAGAGGACAGUAAUGAUGAGAUAAAAAGGGAGAGGCUGUCACACAGUCGCAAAAAGCGAAAGCACGAUUCGCACAAAGACUCCGACUCAGGGCCAAACUCAAAAAAGAAGAAGAGGAAAAACUGGAAAGCAAUGGGUGAGGAGAGCUCGGACAGCUCUGCCGACUGAGGCGUGCUGCUAAAAACUGAUGCACAGUUCAGGUAACGGCCACUGAAACUGCUACAGAUUCCUUUGUUGUUCCUAACUCUGCUGAGGGCUUUUCACUGCAGGCAUCUUCUAAAUUGCACUUUGUUUAACAUCAACAAACCUGUGGUUACGGGUCUCUCCGUGGGCGUCCUGCGUGGCAGAAGCUCAUCACCUCUGCAGAGAUUCGAAGCACACCGUACAGCAGUACAGACAGCAGGGAGCAUGAAGAAGGAUGAUAGGGUAGCAACCAUCUGUCUCAAUAGGUAUCCUGUGAGCUGCAGGCACAUUGAUUGAUCGACUCACCUCUGACUGUCUGCCUCACAUAGUGACCUUCUGUCCUCAGACGACCAGUGUUUUCAUUUUAUUUAUAAGGAAAUGAAAUUUGAAUAAUUAUUUCCGAUGGAAUAUGUAUUUUAUUUUUUUCAUGUUUUGCAAUUUUCACUCUUUGUAUAAAGCGUGUUGUCAUAAAAUAAACAUCUAUUUUGCAUUUUUUUAAAUUA